AUGAAGAAUAUGUCUGCGGCAAGGGGUCUUCUCGUGGCUGCCUUUGCCGCAACCCCGGUCCUUUCAGCCGCAAUCAAGAUACCACAAUCUCCUGGCCAUUUCACUUCAAUCCACCAGCGCGAAGUCGUUGAAAAGUGCCCUGGAUUCAACGGAAACCCUGAUCUCUACGGCUUGGGCAUUCGACUUGGUGUUUAUUCUCAGUGGUUCUCGUCAUGGCUCACAAACACCUGCAACCCAUCCGCAGCCGCAGCCAACCAUGACGCCAACUCCAUCUUUUUGCUGGCUUUGCUGAUCGGUAUCUCAGUGGCUGUGGCCAACGAUGCGAUCCGGCCAGUAGAAGCGUACGUCAUGCUGCACAUUUGCUUCGGCUUCAUCUUCACAGUCUUGUCUCUCCUGGGCGUCCGGGUGUACUUCCUUACUCCACGAACACUGUCAGAAUUCCUCUGCCAUGUGCGGAUAAAACGGGAGGCGCUUCGAGGAUCAGUCCGUGGGCGUAUCCAGGCUGUGCAGACUGCGUUUCGGCAUUUCCAGGAAUGGCUGCGCUCGCGUGGCGAAGACGAUGGCGAAAAAGAGCCACAACAACAAGAAGAAGGCCACCAAGACAACAGACGUGCAUCUGUCGCUUCAAUGGCUGCCAUAGGCAGAAAUACUAUCUGCGGGAAGCUCGUCCGCAACCUCCGCCAGAUGCCCGAUGCAUCUCUCCCGGCAAGCACCCUGGGCUUGGUCCGCGCUUCGACCAUCGAGUUCACUUCCGAUGCCGUUUCAUUUCUCAAGCACCCCUCGCUGUCUUGGUCCGGCGUCGCAUGGCGCAGCGCGGUAUUGACCUAUCUCAUCGGCCUCAACCUCUGGUUCUGGUGGUCGCCCUGGCUCAUCGACAAAGUAUCCGAGUCCACCGGCGGCAAGGCCUGCGCUCCGUCCAUCUUCUUUUUCGGCCACCAGCACAUCACCGGCUCUCUCCUAGACUUCUUCCGCAGUGUGUCUGUUAUCCUUGCCAUCCCGGCACUAUGGUUGUGCUGGAUCAUCCUUAGCGCUGCUUUCGCCGUGUGGAAGUUCGUGCUCGGCUUUCUCGCACGCUGGCUUGUCAUCACUGCUCUCGAACGCAUCAGCCCUGGCAUGUGGGAUAAUCUGUACGAUGGAACCAAAUUUGCGAUUGGCUUGUGUUUGACGCCAUUCAUGCUUUGGGAUAACAUUUGGCCGUAUGUGGUUAUUGAUGGGUUCCUGGGGUCUCCAGUGCUGCUGCACGGCAUCUACUCGUUCUGGACCAUCGAGUCGGGAGAUCUACCCGGUUGGAGUGACCUUUGGAAGCCUUUCAUAUCGUUCAUGAGUCGCGGUACUGACCUGGACAGCGGUGCGGCGAGAACGCCAGGGGGACGCUUGGAAGAAAAGCAGCAGGCUUCAAUUCCGUAA